AGUUGGAGGGCAAAGUUUACAGAGAAACCCAAAUAUCCAACUCUGACAUCUCCGUCAGCGUGCGCGAAGGACCGGCGCGCGCGUGCGUGUGUGGACACAUGCACCAUGUAGCCCGGACUCAGGACAACCUCUCUAUGCCGCUCCCGCUGCACUGAUCCGAGCGCCCCCCCCCCCUCCACCCCCUCCCAUCCCACCACACCCGACCCGACCCCACCCGGUGACCCGCUGCCGGAGCGAUGGGUGGGAGUCUGGGCUGCCACCGCUCCAUCCCCCGGGACCCCACGGACUUCAGCUGCGGCAAGCGCAAAUUCAGCGCCGCCUGCAACUUCGGCCACAUCCUGGUGAACCAGGAGCGCCUGAACAUCAACACCGCCACGGAGGAGGAGCUCAUGACUCUGCCGGGAGUCAACCGCGCCGUUGCGCAGAACAUUGUGGAGUACCGGUGCUGUAUCGACGGGUUCAGGAAGGUGGAGGACCUGGCUCUGGUGAGCGGGAUCGGGGCCACCAAGCUGGAGGCGAUCAAGCUGGAGAUCUGCGUGUCCAGCAGGACCAGUUCGUCGCAGCAUUCGCCGUCGUCGCUGCGCAAAGAUCCGGACCACCAGUCCUGCUCCGGGAUGAACAUCAACACCGCCACCCCGGCGCAGCUCAUGAGCAUCCGAGGCAUCACGGAGAAGAUCGCCAAGAACAUCGUGGCCUACCGGGCGGAGCACGGCGCGUUCAGAAGCAUCGAGGACCUGGUGAGGGUCAACCACAUCAACAGCUCCCUGCUGGACAAAAUCCGCUUCCAGGUGUUCGUGGAGCGCUCCAGGGCGCCGUCCACGAACACCAACGCGGGGCUGACCUGCGCCACCAAGUCCCACCCGAGCCCGACCUCGUGCAGCCUCAGAAGCGACGACCUGGACCUUCCGCCCGGAGGACCGACCCAGAUCAGCUCCGUGCGGCCCGACGCGGAGCCCCCCUGCGGCCUGCGGGACGGGAAGCCCGUGGUGCGUCUGGCCACCUGGAGCCUGCAGGGCUGCUCUUGCGACAAGGCCAACAACCCGGGGGUCAAAGAGGUGGUGUGCAUGACCCUGCUGGAGAACGACAUCAAGCUCCUGGCCGUGCAGGACCUGCUGGAGCGGGAGGCUCUCGAUAAGUUCUGCGUGGAGUUGAACCAAGGAACGUUGGCCAGCGUGCGCAAGUGGAAGAGGCCGCGUGGGCUGUGGAAAAGUGUCGUGUCGGAAAAACCAACCGGACGCUCCGGAAAGGGCGUGAGCUACUCCGGCUUUCUGUGGGACACUUUGUCCGGCGUCGACCUGAAGGAUGCUGCGGUCCUGGAGUCGCCCGUCGCCAACGGCAACGGAAACCACACCUACCCUCGCCUCUACCUGGCUCACUUCUCUGUGGGCUCAUACGAGCUGAGCGCCGCCAACGUCCACAUGCAGGCCGCAGCCGCGUCGGGAGAGUCCAACGGCAAGAGCCACAACGCAGACGAAGCCAGGUGUCCGCCCCUCCCCCCCAGCAUCCAGGAGACUCUUAAAGCCGAGAAGGAGCUGCUGGUGCUGGGAGACUUUGGCUGUCCCGCUCAGAGCUCGGAGCUGGACAUUCUGAGGAAGGAGAAGCUCUGCGCCCUGGUUCCAUCCUCCCAGUUCACCAACAUCAGCACCCGCUCACCACAGGGCACCCGCUGCCUGGACAACAUCUGGGUGAGCCGCUCCCUCAAGAAGAUCUAUUCUGGCCACUGCGCGGUGGUGCGGGAGGGCCUGACCAACCCCUGGAUCCCGGACAACUGGUCGUGGGGCGGCGUGGCGUCGGACCACUGCCCCGUGGUGGCCGAGUUCUACGCAGACGUGUCCCCGAAGGAGAUGAGAGGGCCCGGCGUGGCAGUGGUGGACAGAGGAGACGUCAUGCCCAAACACGAGCGGUGACAAAGACUUUAAACCCCGCCCCCCCCUCCCUCCCUCCCCCGCCGCCCGGAUCCGGCUACGCCUCUCAGAGUUUCCUGAUGAAUGUGAAGAAGUGCCACGAUUGCCUUUUUUGGUUUUAGAUUUAUCAAUGUAUGAUAGUCGCUGGUGAUGGAGCCAUAAAAUGUUCUGACAAAAAAAAAGAUAUAUAUAUAUACAUAUAUAUAAUGUACUUUAAAAAGAAAUGUGCCAAACAUUUUCUAUAUGUAUAUAAAAUAAAGAGAGAUUGAUAGAUGUCCC